CCGUCCCCAGAGAGGAUCAGCCAUGAAGGUCGGGGUUCUGCUUGUCUUGGCGGCCAUUGCUGCCCUGGCGACCGCCAAAGGUUACGGCUCGGGCGGUGGUGGUGGCGGCGGUGGCCACGGCGGACACCACAGCCACGGCGGAGGUGGCGGUGGCGGGCAUCACAGCUAUGGCGGCGGUGGCGGUGGCGGCAAGAAGGGCUUCGACAUCGGGGCCAUCUUCGCCAAGAAAAAGCGGCUCUUCAGCGGCAUCAAGCAGAAGCUGGGCGGGGUGCUCGCCUCGGUCAAGGCGCCGUUCCUCCGAAUCAAGGGACAGUUGCUGAAGGCUGGAGGCAAUAUUCUGACCAGCAAGGGCAACAAGCUAAUCAGCCUCGCCCAGCAGCUGAAGAGCAAGUUUAACAAGGGCGGCGGCGGCGGCGGUGGCUAUGGAGGAGGUCACGGAGGUCACGGAGGAGGGGGAGGUCACGGAGGUGGUCACGGAGGAGGAGGUGGUGGAGGAUACGGUGGCGGCACCGAGUUCUUCAUAUGGAGCGCCAUCGAGGCCCAGUUCCGGAUAUGGGGCGCCUUCAAGACCCAACUCUGGAUACGGCGCGCCAUCAACACCCAACUCUGGAUAUGGCGCGCCAUCCAGCGGAGGUGA